UUCUUGAGUGUGUUCUCUUUUCUUUCUCUGAGAUGGCUCUUCAAAUUCAACCUGAACCUCUCAGGAUCAAGCAAUGCAAGGUGGCCGAGGAGCCAAGUUCGUGUGCACAUCCUGGUUUUUUUAAGGAUAUGUGCAUAGAAUGUGGGAAAUUGGUUGGUGAUGGAUAUGGAGAUAGUAUUCCGUUUAGAUAUAUUCAUAAGGAUUUGAGGCUUGGCAGCAGAGAAAUUUCUCGAUUACGUAAUGCUGAAGCAGGAAAUGUCCUACGUCAGAAAAAAUUGUUCCUGGUUCUUGAUUUGGACCAGACAUUGCUGCAUACAGCUAAUAUCGAUUCUCUCAGUCCGGAAGAGGCAUAUCUAAUGAAUCAAACAUGCUCCUUUAAAGAUACUUCAAAGGGAAGCUUAUUUCAAUUUGAUAAAAGGCCUAUGAUAACCAAGUUGAGGCCUUUUGUCCGUGAAUUUCUGCAAGAAGCAAGCAAGAUGUUUGAGAUGUACAUUUACACCAUGGGAGAGCCAGCUUAUGGUCGCGAAAUGGCAAAGCUUCUUGAUCCCAGAAAUCUCUAUUUUGAUUCAAAAGUUAUCUCCAGAGCCGAUUGCACAAACAGAAACCAGAAAGGACUAGACAUGGUACUGGGGUUUGAGAGUGCUGUUCUGAUACUUGAUGACACAGAAUCUGUCUGGGAGAGGCACAAGGACAAUUUGAUAUUGAUGGAAAGAUACCACUUCUUUUCAUAUACUUGUCGUCAAUUAGGCAACAAUUGCAAGUCUCUUGCUGAGUUAAAGCUUGAUGAAAACGAGUCAGAUGGAGCACUUGCAGCAAUUCUGAGAGUCCUUAAGAGUAUACACUACAAGUUCUUUGAUCCUGAGCAUGGAGAUGACUAUGCUUCCAGAGAUGUGAGGGAGUUACUGAGAAUAAUUCGGAAGGAAGUCCUCAAAGAUUGCAAGAUAGUGUUCAGCUUGGUGCUUAAGAAAAAAACACAAGCUGCUGACCAGCCAUUAUGGAGGAUGGCAGAACAGUUAGGAGCUACAUGCUCAACUGAACUGGACUCCAGCGUAACACAUGUUGUAUCAAAAGAUGCCACAGCAGAGAAGUCUCGUAGGGCAGUUGAAGAGGGCAAGUUUCUAGUUAAUCCUCGGUGGAUUGAAGCUGCCAACUUUUUGUGGAAAAGGCAAUCAGAAGACCAGUUCCCAGUAGUAGCAUCAACAGCAGCUUGAUAUGAAGCUCGUCGAGGUGGGGAUUUGUGGAGGUUCAAAUGUACGCCACCUUGUUUUGAAAUCAGUUAAACAACUAGCUUGUGUGAUUCUAGCCCAUGCUAUGGGAAUUGAUAUAUUGAUGAUUUUUUGUAUCAGCUAAUUGUGUAAUUGGUGCCUAAAUUGUGAAGAUUUAUUUGAGAGAAUAUAGGACACAUUGCAUAUAUUUUCUCCUCACCUAGUUAUUUACAAUUGUAUAUUUAUAUUUUUCAAUAGUUUUAAAUUUCUUUUA